AUGAUCCGGCCUUCAGAGCUCAACAGAAGGCUUUUAUGGACAAACGCUCAAAAUGAUGCCAUUCUCCACAAACUCAUUCACACAAAACUUCUCUCUGGAUCACUAGACCCGAAUCUUGACCUUGCUCCCGCAAAGCGACGGAAGGCCUUGGAAGGGCGCAUUUUAGAAGUGGCUGGUAAAGCUAAAUUCGGAAAGGGCGAAAACUUAGUUCGUGACGCCGAACGGAAUAAAGCAUCGAAGCGAGUUCGGGAGGGCAUUUCUGAGAAACGACAAGAAAAGGCAAAACAAGAACUGGAGGAGGCUAAAAACAUUGGGAAUUAUCAUCCUACGCUCAAGAAGACCUUCGGAUCAUCGUCACCGUCUACGUCCUCCUCUCGGACGCGGGUGAGGGGCCUUAAGAUGGGGGUUGGAAAUUACAGAGGUGGCUUCCUUCAGUUAGGCCCUGAUGAUAUCAGGAAAGCGGAAGGUAUGCGGCACGAGGGGUCAUCGAGGGGUGGCGGUGGGGUAGGUCGCGGCCGGGGACGAUCUCGGAAACGGAGGUAA